AAGAAAGAAAGAAAGAAAGAAAAAUAUUUUUUUUUGACACCUCUAUUGUGCAACAAGAUAAAAGGUUACAUCUCAAUUAAUCUAUUUAUAUUUAGUUUCCCUUUUCUUUUCUCUUUCUAUUAUGACUCCAUUCUAUACUUUAAUACAGCAAAGACAGUUUUAUUGGUGGUUGGGUCAUGUCUGUGUCUUUUUCAAUGGACUUGUCUAUUUCAGUUCUGUCUUGUCAUUUCAUCCUAAUACAGCAUGCUAUAAACGCGCUUAUCUUGGUGCUUUAGUAUCGUAUGCUAUUGUGAUUUAUAAUUCAAUAGGUGUGACGCAUACUUCACUCAAUAGAACCUUUUUAUCUGAUGAAAACGUACAUUACUUUGUGAUUGCCUUUUAUUGGUUUUCAUGUCCUCCUAUGACAGUGACAUUGAUUCCCUUUUUUAUUUUCUCGCUAUUUCAUACACUGGCAUUUAUCAGAACACAUUUAUUCCACACUUAUAUACCCACUUGUUCUCUAGUGUCUCAAUUGGAUUCGAACAUCAAGUACUUUAUUGACCAUCAACAUAAGCAUGCCAUGUAUUAUGUUGCUUAUAUUGAAGUGGUCGUGAUUAUGACCAGAAUUGCGUUGGGUGUGAUAAUAUGGCAUACGUCUGUAUUGGCAUUGAUUGUGUUUACUCACUUUAUUCGAUUACGGUACUGUUUAUCGAGUUAUACACAAGAAGCAGUACAUACCGCUGUAUUUUAUUUGGACGAUCUAUUGCUGGCAAGAAACAAUCCUUCUCCUACAGUGAUAUCUCAUAUUUAUUCUAGUAUCAAACGACUUGUUGUACGCUAUGCGCAUAUACAAUAAAGCCUCUUUGCAUAAAUACAAGUCA